AUGGAGAACGAAUACAAAAUCUUUGAUGUGGAAAGAGACAUCAAGAAUAACAACAGUAAAUCUGAUUUACAUUUCAUCUGGAAAGAAAGGCUGAACAUGUGGGGACAUAUUCAAUCGUUUCCUUCCCUCAACACAAAUUCAACCACCUCAAGUGGCAAUGCUAAAGGAGAGAAUGGCGGGGACUCCCAACGUAGUGGCGGGGACUCUACCAUGAAUCAUGGUAUCAAAUGA